AUGCAGAAGUCCGAUCCUGAAGUUGAGAAGAGAAUUGAAACGCUGAAAGAAGAUGUAAUAAAGAUGCUAAGCAAUGCAGCAGGAAAAGCAACAUUGGAAGAACUAUCGACUCUUAUUGAUGCUCUUCAACGCCUUGGCGUGGCAUAUCACUUUGAAUAUCAGAUCAACCAGGCCUUACAGUCAAUUUACAACAACAAUAUUAAUGGUAGUGAUGACGAUGAUCUGUAUACAAUUGCACUUCGCUUCCGGCUUCUAAGGCAACAAGGUUAUUCUGUGUCAUCAGAUGUAUUCAAAAAGUACGUUGAUGAUAACGGUGAAUUUAAGGCCACAUUGGCAAAUGAUGCAAGAGCUUUGUUGUGUUUGUUUGAAUCAUCGAAUUUGAGAAAGGAAGGAGAAGACAUAUUGGAACAACUCCAACGAUUUUCUACUAGGCAAUUGAAAUUAAUGUUGCCUCAUUUAAACUCUUCUUUCGCUGAGGAAGACUUGUCUUAA